AUGACUGUGCCACAAAUCAAAUGGAGUCAUCUUGUGGUUGAUCCUACUGAGGCUUGUCUUAACAAAGUACUCAGAUGUGGACAGACAUUUCGAUGGAAAUGCAUAGAUCAAAUAUGGUCUUGCUCCAUUAAAAACAGAAUUCUGUUACUUAGGCAGAAUGAUAAGGAGAUCUUAUAUUCGUCGAUUCCAUAUUUACCUAACACGGCCACUGUUUUGAAAGAAUAUUUGCAACUCGACGUUAACGCGUCCUCCUUAUACGAAGUAUGGUGUUCCAAAGAUAAGCAUUUCUUGAAAAAUUCCUCACAGUUUCGGGGAAUCAGAAUAUUGUGUCAGGACCCCUGGGAAAAUCUCAUUUGCUUUAUUUGCUCGUCCAACAACAAUGUGAAACGGAUAUCUCAAAUGUGUGACACACUUUGCAUUCAUUAUGGAAACUAUUUGGGAACGUUUCAGGGUGUUGAUCACUACACUUUCCCCACUCCUAAAGUCUUAGCUAUGGAUGGCACUGAACAGAAACUAAGGGAUCUAGGAUUUGGAUAUAGGGCCAAGUUUAUAUACGAAACGGCAAAAAUUUGUGUGAAUAAGCCUGUUAUAUAUAAGACGCUUUGUUCGAAAAAACUUAAAUUGGCAUCAAAAGAAAAGUGCCAGGAGUUUCUCUUGCAGUUUCCAGGCGUCGGUCCUAAAGUUGCGGAUUGUGUUGCAUUGAUGUCAUUGAAAAAGCAUAAUGUUGUCCCUAUUGAUACGCAUGUGUAUCAGAUUGCCAAACGAGAUUACAAAUUUAGGACAAAAUCCAGAAAUAAAACCAUGACCAAAAAUGUCUACGACGAGAUUCAAAACUUCUUCAUUCAUUUAUGGGGGGAUUAUGCAGGAUGGGCUCACUCAAUUUUGUUUGCAGCGGAUCUUCGAGAUCUUGAUAAUGGUGUUAAUAUAAAAACAAUCAAGGAUAAACAGCAAGACGUAAUUUCGCGAUCUGAGAUCCGGACAGACCCCGAACCAAAAUUAAAGAAAAGAAAGAUAAAGAGUGAGAGUAAAUGCGAACAGUAA